AUAAAUAGGCAGCCCUCGAUUGCGAAACAACAGCAACGACGAAGAGAAAUACGUAUAAAAGAGAAAAGAGGUGAACGCCAGCAACGCUUGCAUAAUGAAAAUCUGGACGUCCGAGCAUGUCUUCAACCAUCCAUGGGAGACGGUCACCCAGGCCGCCUGGCGAAAGUAUCCAAAUCCAAUGACACCUUCUAUUAUUGGCACGGAUGUCGUGGAGCGUCGAGUGGUAAAUGGAGUUCUGCACACUCACCGUCUCGUUCAAUCCAAAUGGUAUUUCCCAAAGUGGACGCACGCGCUGAUUGGCACGGCGAAGACUUGUUUUGCCAGCGAACGUUCCACUGUGGAUCCGCAGCGUAAACAGAUGGUCUUAAAGACAAAUAACUUAACAUUUUGCCGCAAUAUCAGCGUUGACGAGGUUCUCUACUAUGAGCCACAUCCGGGCGAUGCAACCAAAACACUGCUCAAACAAGAGGCUACAGUGACUGUCUAUGGCGUGCCUCUCUCACAUUAUAUGGAAGAUCUGCUAACCUCUACGAUUAGUUCGAAUGCGGGCAAGGGUCGCCAGGGACUCGAAUGGGUCAUUGGCCUGAUCAAUACGGAGGUGAAGAGCAUUGCCGAUUCAGCUGCACGGGGCACAGACGAACUGAUACACAGUACGCGGCGUUCCAUUGACGAGGUCACGGAGAGCGCGCGAAAGAGUAUGGAUGAGAUUGGUGCACAGGCGGCCAAAGCGGCAAAAGCCAUGCACAUAACAUAGAUGCUAUCGAUAACGAGCAUAGAUAACUAUCUAUCUAUCUAGCACCAUAAUUGUAAGUGGGUGCCGUUAUUUUGGACGUAGUGAAUUGGAAUUUACCGUUGUAGGCGCAUCGUCGGGUACGCUGCUUUGUCGUAGUACAACAAAAAAACAACACGCAUAAAAUAAUCGAACGAACCUUAAACACACACAAAACAAUAAUUCAACAUAAUCUUUUCUCUUUGAAAAAUAGCAAACGAACUAUUUUAUUCGUCUGCUUUGAUAUAUUUUUUAAAAUCAAAUUGAAAAAAGAAAAAAUACCAAAAAAAAAAAAAAAAAGUCGAACCUUUUCCAUAUGAAAGCUGCGCGUUGCUCUGAUUGCUAAUACGAGGGUCAGCCCGUUAGGCAACGUAAUCCACACAACAACAAUAGCAACCAAAACAACAAUGUCAACAGAUGAAGCAGCUGCAACAACAACAGAGGGAGCAGCAUAGUAGCAAAAGUUAUUUAUUCAUAAAUAAAAACUAAUAUAUAGUUUGUAAUAUAUGCAACAAAUUGAAAAAA